AUGAGCAAGAAAGAGAACUAUCCCAAGCAUAUACAAAAUCUCCUGCAACAAAAGUUUAGACUCCAAUCAGAUACGGAAUCUACACUCUACAAAAAAGUUUGCUCUGAUAUCAACUUCCAUAUCAAACGUUUUUUUGCAAACUAUGAGUCUCGAUUGAUGAAAAGGUCUUCCACCAAGCCGUUUUUGCGCAGUAAACUCAGGAAACAGCAAAACAUCAUGACAUUAGAAGAUGAUGCUGGCAAUAUAUUCAUAAAUGACGCUCAAAAGGCAAAUGCGCUUGCCAAACACUUUUCUAGCGUAUUUUCGCCAGAAAAUAAUGAAACACUGAGGAACCUCACUGUGGAUCCAAAUGAUGUAUUUAAAUAUUUGAAGACACUAAAACCAUCGAUGUCUGCCCCAUAUGAUGGUAUCCCCCAAGUACUGUUGAAGCGUUGCGCUGCAAGCCUCUGUAAACCACUUACCAUGAUAUUCAACAUUUCACUACUUCUUGCAUCAGUACCUUACCUGUGGAAAGAGGCUUUGGUUACUGCUAUUCCAAAAGCCCAUAGCAUAACUUCUCCUGCUGGCAAAAUACUAGAGAAAAUCCUGAGAGAUAAACUUGUCGGAUGGCUUACUAAGCAUCACCUGAUCCCUAAUGAACAACACGGCUUUUCGAAAGGUGCAUCUACCACUACACAACUUCUUGAUAGCACCUUCGACUGGUCUUCUGCUUUGAACAUGAAACAAUCUAUUGAUGUAAUAUACUUUGACCUCUCAAAGGCAUUUGAUAAGCUCAUACUCAAAUGUAGAAUGAUUGGUCUCGAUGGAAACCUAUUGAACUGGCUA